UUUUCUACCUCCUCUUCCUCAUUUAAAUAAGUUUAAAGCUCCUCCUCUCCCCUGCCCACCAAUACUGAAACUUUAUAAAUUGGGCUUUGCGCGCCGCAGCCCGGGAGAGUCAGAAAGGCGAGGGGCGCCGGGAGCAGGCGUGUGGGACUCCAGACCGGAGAGCCGGAGGCUGCGCCUUCCCCGCACCGGGACCUUCGCGACACACCAGUUCCUCGUCCCAGCCCCGUGCAAGCGCCCACGAUGACCACCACACUCGUGUCUGCCACCAUCUUCGACUUGAGCGAAGUUUUAUGCAAGGGUAACAAGAUGCUCAACUACAGCCCUCCCAGCGCAGGGGGCUGCCUGCUGGACAGGAAGGCAGUGGGCACCCCUGCUGGUGGGGGCUUCCCUCGGAGGCACUCGGUCACCCUGCCCAGCUCCAAGUUCCACCAGAACCAGCUUCUCAGCAGCCUCAAGGGGGAGCCAGCCCCAGCUCUGAGUUCUCGGGACAGCCGCUUCCGAGACCGCUCUUUCUCGGAAGGAGGCGAGCGGCUGCCACUUCAUCCACAACGCCGAGGAGCGCCGCGCCCUGGCCGGGGCCCGGGACCUCUCCGCCGCCGACCGUCCCCGCCUCCAGCAUAGCUUUAGCUUUGCUGGGUUUCCCAGUGCCGCUGCCACCGCCGCUGCCACGGGGCUGCUGGACAGCCCCACGUCCAUCACCCCACCCCCCAUCCUGAGCGCUGAGGACCUCCUGGGCUCACCUACCCUGCCUGAUGGCUCCAAUAACCCCUUUGCCUUCUCCAGCCAGGAGCUGGCCAGCCUUUUUGCCCCUAGCAUGGGGCUGCCUGGAGGUGGAUCUCCUACCACCUUCCUCUUCCGGCCCAUGUCCGAGUCCCCUCACAUGUUUGACUCUCCCCCCAGCCCUCAGGAUUCUCUCUCGGACCAGGAGGGCUACCUGAGCAGCUCCAGCAGCAGCCACAGUGGCUCAGACUCCCCCACCUUGGACAACUCAAGACGCCUGCCCAUUUUCAGCAGACUUUCCAUCUCAGAUGACUAAACCCAGUAGGGAGGGACCCCCUGCCUAGCCCCCCCCCCACCUUGCACCCACACCCCAUACCCCUACCUCCCUUCCCAGCCCAGCCCCCCCAACCCCCACAUUAACAAGGUUAAGCUCAACCCCUUUUACCCAGAACCUUGGAUGCCCCCUUCCCCCUCCUAACGUAAGGACAAGUCAAUUUGUCAGUAGCUUCUUCUGGCUUGAACCCCCCUCGAUUUUAUAGCCCACUUAAACCAUGCAUAACAGACAAGUCCCAUAUUUGUCAGUAGAUGCCUUUUUUCUGGCUUAAGCCUUAAGUGCCAAAUCACAAAAGAAAAAGCAGUAACAGUUUACAGAAGCAACUUAGUGCCUUGUAAUCUAACUUUGUCACUGUGACUACAUUACCUCUUCAGCGCCAGAGGGCACCCGUGGGCCUCCAGAGCCUCUGCCCAUGGGGAGGGGGAGGAGACCCAGAACCAGCAGCUCCCUCCACUGGCCACACAACUGCACCUUCCCUUACUGCAGCCUCCUCACACUUCCCUCUUCCCAGCACCCCCAGAGUUAUUGCCAGACUUGGGUUUUUGGGGAAACCUGUCCUGACGUUCAAAAACUUUUUCUUCCCAACCUGAACACCUGUUGACUAAUCUUGCCUGGGUUUGUGUAGGUCUGCAGGAAGGAAAGCUGAAAAAGUGGAUGAAGAUUUUGACUUAAAGUGGGACUUUGUGAUUUAAUUUUUCUUUCUUUUUUUUUUUUUUUUUUUAAGUGGGGAGGAAGGGGAAGCUAGAUGGACUAUGAGAGACUUGAUUUUGGUGCUAAAGUUCCCCAGUUCAUAUGUGACAUCUUUUUAAAAACAUCAUAACAGAAACGAGAGAAAAGCUAAAAAAAAAACUCAUGUAAGGGGUGAGCAGUUAAUGGUAUUCAUUCCACAUACAAUAUCUGUGUACAACGAUUUCCUGUAGAAGUAGCUUUAAUGGUUUUUGCUCUUAGAAUACCGUAGGUCUUUCCUUAGAGCACUCACGCCAUGCUUUUUUCCCUGGGUUUUAAACUUCAUAUAACUUUCAGAAAUUGGAGAGCAAAAAUUUUGCUUGUCACUGCACAUCAAUAUAAAAAAGCUUAUUUAACUUAUCAAAACGUAUUUAUUGCCAAACUAUGCUUUUUUUUGUUAAUUUUGUUCAUAUUUAUCGGGAUGACAAAUCCAUAGAAUAUAUUCUUUUAUGUUAAAUUAUGAUCUUCAUAUUAAUCUUAAAAUUUUGUGACGUGUCUUUUUCCUUUUUUCCACAGUUUUAAUAUAUUAUUCUUCAACGACAUUUUUUUGUAACUUUACACUUUUUUUGGUUAUUUUAUUUUAAAAAAAUGAAAAAUUAAUUUAAAAAAAUGCAAAAAACUGUUGGAUUAUUUAUUUUAGAAAUUCCCCCCUUUGUGUUGGACUGCAAAUUAAGUUUCUUUUUCUUUAGGCCUUUCACAACUAGGACUGAGAAUGUAUGUAAAAGUUCUGUGACAGUACAGAAGGAAAACAACUUUUUAAUGUAUAGCUUCUAAAAGGGAAAAAAAAAAAAACCCACAAAAAAAA